CAGGCGUAGGAAUCCGGGAUGUGAUUUUACUGAAAGUCGGGAAUUAUCAGGAUUUUUGUGAUUUUGUUUUCUUAAUAGUUUUUAAUCUUCGUACAGCGCGAAACUGACACAUGUGACAACGCACAUGUGUGUGUUUUCUUGAUUUGCCUUUGUAUAGAGACAGAGUCCUUAGUGUACAGAUUUAGUUGGAAAAAGAACGGCUAAAAACUACUGAAUUUCGGAAAACAUGGAGACAAGAAGGGAAGGACCCGACUAAACCAAAGUUUCCAAACAAAUUAUUACAAGAACAGAGGGAAUCCGCUCGCGAGAGGAAAAUAUGUGUUGCACAUCCGUCAAGUUUGGAUUGUAUUUUAUUGCCGCGUUGAAACGAAGCUGUUUUGAGCAGAAUUCCUGAACUGGGAACUAAACCGCUGCCCCUAGAGCAAACAUCAAACGAUUUGUAUAGUUUUCUCCCGAUUUUGGAGUGGAAAAUAUGGGAAUUCUGGAAGUUGGACUAGGUAGGGAAGGGAUUACAAUGAAAGGUUGAACCGUGCGGAUGAUGCUUUAAUCCAUCCGUUGAGUGAAUUUUCCCAGAUUUCCACACAUUGAAGUAGCCAGGAUACACAUUCUUCUGGAGAAAAAGUCCAUUCAGCGUGUAAGGGGCCUGAAAAGGAUGUAUAUUUAGUUUACAUACUUACUUUACAGUAGCAGUUCAAUUGAUGGUGCAGUCAGUAUUGCAAAUUUGCGGAGUUUUUUUUUUACAGUACAGAAAAUUCCGCGUUUUGGAUUAGGUUCGUUUUAGGAAUGCCGAGCUGGAAGUAUUUCAGUGAGAGAAAUGAAAGAAACCCGUCGAGACGGACGAAGUAACAUUCGGGACUGUAAUAUGAGCGAAAUGCAGCAGGACAGUCUCCUUCAUUCGUGAGGCAACAUAUUAACAAAAGAUUGUUUCUCUGGCUUUACUUCCAGCCGUGGUUUGGGAUCGACAAAGACGACUGUAUCCAGACAGAGGCGAGGGGAAGCCUGUCGGUCGGUGUGGUGGCAUUUUAGCUGGGAAAAUAAUGAAGCUUCUCGGACAGAACAGAAAGCGUUUAGCUCCAUUGAUCAUAUGUGUGUUUGCGUUUAGCAUCGAUUUCCUUUACUAACUCUUGUGUUCUGUAGGGCUACAGUCAAAUGACUUCGGGAACCAACACAGACAAUCCGUGGAAAUAUAAAACAUAAGCUUGUUUGUUACAUUAAAGAGGAGCCUUUACCCUUCACAUCAAGACGGAACGGUCCAAAUUUAAAAGUGCCACCAGGCUGUUGUUGUUUUUUGCUUAUUAUUAAAAUUGUUUCCAAAUACAAAGGUGUUUUACUAUGGUAAAAUGCUAAUUGGAUAAGAGCUGAAGAAAACCAAGAAAGGAAAGCCCAAUGAGCAGCACACAGUCCACGCUUGCUGAGAGGUUUCCCAAAAAAGCGAGCAGGACAGGAAGUAUUCUCAGCAAGGACCAUCCCCCAGACAAAAAGCCCAAAAGCGACAAGGCGUCAGUCCCCUCCUCGCAUGAGUUUGACCCCACAGGGCUUGUGCAGCGUUGUGUUAUCAUCCAGAAAGAUGAGAGUGGCUUUGGGCUGACAGUGAGCGGCGAUAACCCUGUGUUUGUACAGCUUGUAAAAGAGGAUGGAGCUGCCAUGCGAGCUGGUGUUCAGACAGGUGACCGGAUCAUAAAGGUCAAUGGGACAUUAGUUACACACUCAAAUCAUGUAGAAGUUGUAAAGCUAAUAAAAUCGGGCUCCUACGUGGCCCUAACAGUGCUGGGGAGACCGCCGGGUUUGCCUCAGAUCCCCCUCUCAGACGGCGAGGGGGAGGAGGGGCCUCUCUUCUCGCUCACCUCCCCUCACUCCCCGGGGUCCAUCGGUCCAGAGCGCUCAUCUUCCUCCCCCAGCCCCUCGGAGCGCAAACCGACCCCUCUGCCUGUAUGGGCCAUGACGGAGGAGCACAGCAGGAACCCUACAACUAAACUACUGAAGGAAAUCCAGGACGACAAGAAGCACAUUCCACAGCACCAGGAGCAGCUCAGCAAGCCCACUGGGACUGGACAGGAUGGCUCCUUAUCUCCAAGGCCACGAGAAGGAGAGCAGGAGGAUGGAGGGGGAGAUUUGGAUCGGCCCCCUUCCUGGCAGGGCGAUGCUGGAAUGGUGCCACCAUGGACCAACAAUACCACAACCCCUGUCACUCCCAGUCCUGUCCCAGAGAGCCCAUGCCAAAGAGAGACCCCCUGCCACAGCCCAAAGACCACACCCAGAGACAGCCUCAACUCCUGUCCUUCACCAGACGCUGAAGACACACCUGACCUUGAUUCUCAGUCGAGUGUGGGGAGCCCCUCCUCUCGUCCGGUAGCACACAUCAUUGGUGCUGAGGAUGAAGACUUUGACACAGAGCAGGAACAGAUGAAUGGCCAGUGUAGCUGUUUUCAGAGCAUAGACCUCCUGAAAUCUCGGCCUGCUCACCUGGCAGCUUUCAUCCAUCACGUUGUCUCUCAGUUUGACCCUGCGCCACUUCUGUGCUACCUCUAUGCUGAACUUUACAAACAGACCAGCUCCAAAGAGACACGGCGAAUCCUCAUGGAUACCUUCUUCAUAGACAAAACAGCUAGCUUGAAAGUAACAGUGCCCGAAUCCAUCAUCGCUGACCUGGAACGGACUGCACACUCAAUUAAUGCAGAAAGGAAGAGGCCGGAGCCCAUCUCGGAGGACAUCCACCGACAGUAUGUGCAGCAGCUGCAGGACACACUUCUACCUGACAUCCAGAAGAACCUAGAAGAUUUCAGGCACAAGCGCAGUAUGGGUUUGACCCUGGCUGAAGCGGAGCUAGCCCGUCUGGAUACAGAGAGAAUGAGAGACCGUGUGGCUCUGGAAAAAGAGCGAUCCUGUGCAGAGCACAUCAUGUCUAAGAUAGAAGAUGGUGUCCCACAGGGCUCUGUUCUUGAACGGACUGCACACUCAAUUAAUGCAGAAAGGAAGAGGCCGGAGCCCAUCUCGGAGGACAUCCACCGACAGUAUGUGCAGCAGCUGCAGGACACACUUCUACCUGACAUCCAGAAGAACCUAGAAGAUUUCAGGCACAAGCGCAGUAUGGGUUUGACACUGGCUGAAGCGGAGCUAGCCCGUCUGGAUACAGAGAGAAUGAGAGACCGUGUGGCUCUGGAAAAAGAGCGAUCCUGUGCAGAGCACAUCAUGUCUAAGAUAGAAGAUGUACUACACCCAUCUCAUUUUAGUGACACUAUAGCGGAACUUUGCAUGACUUUUAUAAAUAUUUGUGUGACCGUAGAACGGACUGCACACUCAAUUAAUGCAGAACGGAAGAGGCCGGAGCCCAUCUCGGAGGACAUCCACCGACAGUAUGUGCAGCAGCUGCAAGACACACUUCUACCUGACAUCCAGAAGAACCUAGAAGACUUCAGGCACAAGCGCAGUAUGGGUUUGACCCUGGCUGAAGCGGAGCUAGCCCGUCUGGAUACAGAGAGAAUGAGAGACCGUGUGGCUCUGGAAAAAGAGCGAUCCUGUGCAGAGCACAUCAUGUCUAAGAUAGAAGAUGUACUCUGUCCCAAGAUCAGCAAGGCUCUGGAACCGAGGCAGCGUCCGACAAAGCCUCAGCUACCAUUGAGCGCUGGAGAACAGGCAGACGGGUCGUCUCCUCCCGUACGGGGCAGUCAGUCCAGUGAGGGCUCAGAUGGCACCACUGCCCUGGUCACGUUACCCCCUUACAGCAUUCCAGCAGCACAGGGCACAGACGGUAUCAGCCGAGAGUCCGAGACUGGUGGAACUCCUUCUUCUGCACUUCCCAGACUGGGAGACGGUGUCAUCCCGGGAGAUUCGCAGGACUCGUCCUCUUCAAAUACUCACUUUGACUUCAGCCCCUGUACACUGGAGCAUCUACAGGAGGAGGAAGCUGAGACAGAAAAGACGCAGGACACCGGCACCCCCAGGUCUGACAAGAGCAGGAUGGAGCCGCUGGGCUCUGGAGAGGUGCAGAGUGAAGAUGAUCAGUGUGUUGAGGUGGAGCUAGAGCCUCCUAACUGGCAGACGCUGGUGAGCAGAGACGUCCUGUCCACACUUACCCCUCAGGAAAUCAAGAGACAGGAAGUCAUCAACGAGUUGUUCUACACAGAGAGAGCACACGUUCGAAUGAUGAAGGUUCUGGAAAAUGUGUUUUACCAGCCGCUGAUCAGAGAGGCCAUCCUGCCUCCUGCAGACAUCAAAAACAUCUUCAGCAACCUUGAGGAGAUCGUUCAGCUGCACGUGUCUUUAACGGAACAAAUGACUGCAGUCCGGAAGAAAAAUGAGACUGCGCUCAUUGACUCAAUAGGAGAUGAUCUGCUUUCCUGGUUCAGUGAGGAAGAGGAGACAAAGAUCAAGAGAGCUGCAGGCACGUACUGCAGUAAUCAGCCUUUCGCCCUGGAACUCAUUAAGAGCAAACAAAAGAAAGACCAGCGCUUCAACUCCUUCAUACAGGAGGCAGAGAGUAACCGUCAUUGUCGCAGGCUGCAGCUGAAGGACAUUAUUCCUGUGGAGACUCAAAGACUCACAAAGUAUCCCCUCCUGCUGGAGAACAUCGCCAAAUACACAGAGGAUCCUGAGGAGAGAAGUAAAGUGAAACAGGCUGGCGAAUGCUGUCGAAAUAUUCUCACUCACGUCAACCAGGAGGUGAAGGAGGCCGAGAACAAACAGAGGUUGGAGGACUACCAGAGACGACUGGAUCUGUCCUCAUUGAAACAGAGUGAGAACCCCAUGAUCGCCGAGUUUAAGAACCUGGACUUGACUAAGAGGAAGAUGGUGCAUGAGGGACCGCUGUCUUGGAAGGUCAACAAAGAUAAAACUAUUGAGCUGUACACAUUGCUGCUGGAGGAUAUAUUGGUGCUACUUCAAAGGCAAGAUGAGAAGCUAAUCUUAAAAUGCCACAGUAAGAAUCUGGCGGGCACCGCUGAGACCAAACACAUCUUCAGCCCCAUCAUCAAACUCAGCACCGUGAUGGUGCGCUCCGUCGCCACCGACAACAGGUCAUUCUUUGUUCUCUCUAUGUCUGAUAAUGGAGCCCAGAUCUAUGAACUAAUGGCCCAGACCGUAUCUGAGCAAAAGACGUGGCAGUGUCUGAUAACACAAAGAGCAGACUGCAUGAAGACCAAACUACAGAACAUCAUUCCAUUACCUCAGACUGAUGGGGAACGUGAAGCGGUCGAGUUGAUGAACUCUGGUGUUCAGAAACUAAACAAAGACUCUGAGCCCAUUUCUUUAGUGAGCAUUCAGUCUCCAGAAAAAGAUGGCACUGAGGUCAUGCCAACCCCGCCAUGUAGCACCAACCCAUUCGAGACCAAAUCUGAUGAGGAGAAGGAUGAAGAAGAAGAAAAUUCACUACAGGAUCAAGCUGAGGAUGAGGAAGCGUUCGUGGUGGCCGAUACGACCGAUCGACUGACAUUCCUGAAGCAGCGCUCGAGGCUGGGCAUCGCCAUAGACGAGGACGAGGCCUUUGAGCUCCAGCCACUCAGAGCCGAUGAAGCUCUCAGAACACUGGCAACACUGAGGCAGCUCCUGAUCAACCACAUGUCCAGUCAGGAGGACACAGACAGAGAUAGCGAAAGACGAGAGCAACAGGAAGAUGCAGCGAGGACGGGCUCUCAGCAGGGGUCAGAGGACAGCACUGCGAUCAGCUCCACUGUUGAGAACGGCUCAGAGAGGGGCGAGAACAGAGGGGAGAACGCACAGGAACUGCCCUCCGGAGACACAGGCUUCUUUGAGACGUCUGAGGAUUGUGUCUCAGCAGGCAGUUACAUGGUUUUGGAGGUGUAUGGCGGCUCAGGCGAGAGCAGCACAGAUGAUGACGUGCAGGGCAGCAGCGGGGAGCCAGUGGCUGGGGGAGACUCAGGCAUUGACUUGAAGAAGCUCCUCUCUUCCUCCUCUCAGAGCAGCGGAGGACCAAACCUCAACAGACGGAUCAUGACACACAUACGUCUACUACAGGCCAACCUGCAGCAUCUGAAGGAUACAGAAAUCAAGUAUAAUCAGCUACGCCAAGGGCUAUCAGAGGAAACAGCUACUGACACAGAGGAAAACAAAGAUAAAAGUUUAAUGUCUGUUUAUUGAGAUGGAAGGAGACACAGAGACACUGGGCUGCUCCAGCCCUGCUCCUCCUCAAACAAUGCUCAUGCAUGGACAGAGACAGACAGAAUGGACAGGAGAUCUGGAGUUUCUGUUCACGCUCACUGUACAGGACGACCCCAAUCACUCACUCCAAAUCUCUGUCCAUCUGCACCUCAGCAUGGUCAUGGUACUUUGAGAAAGACUGCCAUGUAAGGACGUUUCAUCACCUCUCACUCCACCAUCUGCAUUCAGAAGACACAAAGCAGCAAACCUCCGUCACUAUCAAACCCAUGCGGUCCUGAUCAACCAGGAUGGAUGGAAAAGAAAACCACGAGAUUUGAGGGUAAACUUAAAGAGUGGAUCUACAAAACUUCCCCAGGUUGCAUGGCAUUCCUUCAUGAGGUUUGAUGACUUUAGAGUCAAUAUUAACCAAUGACAGUACAGCAUGAGUGGUCACAUGAUCUUUACUAAAGUAGCUCCACAGAUCUUUGACCUUAUUAGCAUAAUAAUGACGCGCAGUUAGAGCAGACAGAUAUUCACAUAAACCGAAUGCCUGACUUCCGUUUCGAUACGGCGCGCUGUAUAUGUGAUUUUACGAUGUAGAAACCACGUUUGACAACAGUGGUGAGUGGGGUGAAAAACUUCUGAUUGAAGUCCUGUACCGCUAGAGCAUGUUGUUAGAUGUGCGGAGAAUAUUAGCCAUCACAUGAGCCUAAAAUGAGACGUCUCAAUGAGGAACUGGCAAUGUUUGCUGACUGAUGAAGGCAAAUACUAGUAAGGUGAUGGGCUGAUGAUUGUGGUGGUGUCUCUCCUCAUUCCUCCUCUCUUAAUAAACCACAUUAUUCGCUAUUUAAUGAAGCUACUGAAAGCGUUUUCUCUGGCUUGUGGCCACGGGAAAAGCGGACCUUUCGUAAUGUCGUCGGGUCGAGCUGAUGCGACACGUCUCGGGCAGCUCGGCCCGAUCCGUCUUUCGGAUUUUCUUGGUUUUGAGAAUGAAGUUAAAUAGAAAGAAGCUUCUAUGCAGGAACUUGAUGAAGACCCUUAAUGGUCCAUUUUAAAUGUAAUGUAUUGUACAAUUAUGACCAACACUGCAUCUCUUACAGAGACACAUUUUUUUUUGUUUCUUCUUUUGCGCUCUAAAGCGUUCAGUAAUGUAUUAUUUUAACAGAAACUACUAAAAAAGACGAAAAAUAAAAGACUGCAAGGUAUCCUUUAAUAUUCAUGUAAUCUGUAUUUUUAUUAUCCUGUCUAGACAUUUGAGGUAUUUUAUUAUAUUAUUGAACAUUAAUAUGGUCUUGGCUUUCCGUUGAGAACAUGAGAUAGCUCUAAUAGAUGAGAUUCUAUUCAAUUUGACUGAACUGAUGUAUUGUUCAAAAUGGAAAGAAGAUAUUGCACAUUAUGUCUUCAUUUUAUCACAUUUACCUUUUGAGGAGAGUGGGAAGAAUAUUUUGUUUUGGAUUUAUGACCAAAAAGGAAAUUACACAACAUCUGUAGCAAAAUUGUAUUAAAUAAACUGGAAACACAAAUGGU